AUGCGACUCUGCUCGCCCCACCCCUCCUCAAUUUUCGAGGUUUGGGCCACCAAAAUUUUGGCUGCCAUUGACAAUCAAGGGCGGGUUCUAUCAGACCUCGCACAGAAUAACAAAGAUGGCCUUCGCCAACAGCCAUCUCCUCACCCGUCGCAGUUCUCGGUCAUUGAAGAAGAUGACCUCGAGGCUAUGUCACGGAAGGAUAUUCCAUGGACUCCGAUAACUGGCUCCGAUAUGAUCUUAAGCUGGUCGGUCUUUCCCACCGAAAAACCUGUCGACACAUUUCCAGCAGCAGCAUAUGUGGAAAAACCACAUAUUCUUGCCUUGGAGAAUUCGAAUCCGUCACCUUCACGUCUUUUUGAAUUAAGAGAUAUUUACAUGACCAAGAUUCAACCUAAGAACCCUAUCAUAGAUGCUGAUCAGCUGGAGACCUAUAUUUCCGAUGCUCUCGAAAAUGGCUUUGACUGGUCGGCGUCCUCCUGCCUGGUGCUUCUAGUAUUCGCGCUGGCAGCAAUCUGGGGAAACUAUCCGGAUGAUGAGCGUCGAUUGAUUGAACCUCAUGAGCAGAGCGAUCCAUAUUCUGAUCGAUAUAUCACUAUGGCUGUGCCGGAGCAUCGUCUGAGAGAAUCACUCACAUACUUUACAAUGGCACAGAAACGAAUGUCUGCAGCCCAUCUAGACGCAUCUUUGCUUGGAGUUGUAUGUUUCUGCUUCUUUGGAAUGUGGCAUCAGUAUAACAUCGAGCCCAUUCAAGGCUGGAAAAUGUUCCGCACGGCGUCGAUGCUGUGGGAAUCAUACAACCUAAAGCAUGCUCAUGGCAAGACACAAAGAUCAAAACAGGAGGAGAGUCUUGAACAACGACUAUACUGGACAUGUCUCAAAUCCGAGUGCGAAAUCCGCCAUGAACUCGUCGAUCUUCCCUCCUGUACGCUCCAGGAAUCAUCAUUCCCCUUUUCUCUCCCAACAUUCCCCAUGAUCGACAGCUUCGACCAAGGCCGAGUCGAAAUCAUUUCUCAAGAGUCGCCCAGCUUUAAAGCAAGCGCCGAAGCAUCCUACUACUUUUAUCUGGCAGAAAUCUCGCUAAGACGUCUACUCAACCGCACGCGGACUGUUGCAACACUACUCUCACCAAACAUCACCGCACACACCGCCAGCCGAUUAGCAGACACGCUCCAGAACCUCGAGGAACAACUCCAACAAUGGCUGGAGUGCCUGCCGCCCGCCCUUCGCUUCAACCUCCCUCCCGACACAUUCCCAUCACCCGACGAGUCGGAACUCGUCAAGCUCGUGCGCGAAAGAUACGUCGAAGUCCGCGAAAUCCUGUGUCGCGCGUAUCUCUACAUGUGUCUGCACGGCGGCUCGCGGCUCACAUCGUCACAAAUCGAAUCCUUCGGCGCCCGCGCAUCCGCCGGCCUCCGUCUGAGCGUCUAUCGCAUCCAGACCGAGGUCCCGUUCUUCCGACACCCGGGCUCCUGGGGUGCAUGUCGCGUUCGCUUCAACCACGCCCUGUGUUUGAUCGCCGCGCAGCGCGGCACGGAGCGGAAUCUGGAGUCGGCCGCUUGUGUUGUCGUGCCGGCCCUGUGGAGGGAGUGUGUCAGUAUGGUGCAGGAUCGUCUCCAGGCCUGGAGUCACGAGGGUGCAGGGAUCUCGGAGAUGUGUAUUCUGCUAGAUUGGUUGGUGAAAAGUAUCCAUUAA